GUAACAGCAGGAUGUUGUUGUGUGUUGUGAAGGAGGAGCAGAGCGAGGGUGAGUAUGACCAGGAUCAGGACAUGUGAUGAUAAGUACCACUUCUUCAUGUGACCGAGGAAGAGGAGCAGCCCAGUGGAGAUUACAAACACUUGAUUGUGUUCCACUCAAUACUGGAGAAAAAACGCUCAGGAAAGGACUUUCUCUUCUCUCCUGUGGGUGUAGAGUGACUGCUAUUAUAUAUAUUGAACUGAAGACUGUCCAGCUUGUACCCUCCUGCAGUCAGGAUGCAGACCAUUCAGACUGUAGAGACCCAGGUUCCUUUCCUGAAGGAGAGCUUCUUCAUCACAGCGUUUAGAGACAGGAGGAAGAGUAGUGUGACUAACCUGCUCCGCAGACAGCAACAACAACAACAUCAUACUCACCAGCCGCUUCCGCCUUCUCUGGACGGGGAGGAGCCUCGCAUUGAGCAUGCGCGACUGGGUCGCUCAUCCAGCAGCCCGUUAUGCAACAAAGCAGAGCAAGCAGAUAGGAGCAGGGAGGGGGAGGGAGACAGUGAGUCUGUCAGCCUCCUCUCAGCAGCAGCAUCCUCACAGCUGCUCCUGACACCGACGAGCAGGCAGGGAUUAGUGCUGAGCUCCCGGAGAACCAGUUCAGCAACCCAUGAGAAACAGCCCCAGCAGCAUGGCCUGAUCGCCAAGGGGGUCCGCCUGUUUAGGAACAUGGGGAACCAGGAGGCCAAGCAGAGGAAGGUGGUAGGGGGAGACGCCCCCUGUGAUGGGGGAGCCGAGGACAGGGAACUGGAGUGCUCCAAUAAAGGCAAGAAAUCCAAAGAGGGAGAUGCCGGCAAGAAGAAAUCCAAAUCGGAAUCCAAAAGCUCUGUGUUUUCCAGUAUGCGGCUCAGGAAGAGUCUGUCGAAGGCAAAGGGGUUGUCCAAGGAGGAUAUCCUGGACAGCAAGGGGUCCCAGCUGGAGGAGACUGGUGGGGUCAACAGCAGCCUCUCAGCAGACGAGCUGGGAAUGAUGUCAGAUGGUGAGCCAGAGCAAGGCCACUUGACAACAUCGGGGCCUGAGGACGAGGGCCAGAGGAUUAGUUCAGGAUCAGACGGGGACCUCUACAGCUUCCACUCUGCUGCGGCUGAUCAUGAAGACCUGCUGUCGGACAUCCAGCAGGCUAUUAGGGAGCAGCAUGGGACCUCUGACGGGGUCCUGGAUAAGGUCACUGUCCCUUUGGCUGAGAGGGUCACCUCCCCCACCUCCGGUGGUGAUGUUAAACCCCUAGCCCCUGACCCCACUGACCCACAGGAGGUAGGCUCCACUCAUGGGCCAGACCUGGACAAGGGACAGGUGGAUGAGACACCUGUUGUUACUGAUACUGUAGGACCAGACCAAAGUGCUGAGCUUGGACAGUCAGAGGCAGAGGGAGGUGUGGCAUCUGGGGAUGAGUCAGAUUUAGGUUCACCAAGUGACAGUGGCCCCUCCUCGGCUGCCUUCGACACCGAGAGGAGCAGUGGAAGCCCCCUGCCCAAAACCACCAGCACCUACAGCUUCCCAGACACCACCGCCACCACCACAUCCUAUGAAAGCGCCGAGGAGCCCCAGGACGACCUGGAGAGUCCGGUGGUGACCUCCCAGCUGACUCAGAGCCAGAGCUUUGAUGAGGGGGGUAGCACCAUCGAGGGGGUCAAGUGCAUCAGGUUGGGAACGACCUCAGGGUCACCCAGAAGUGUCAGUAACAUGGACCUGACUGUGGAGAGGGAGGAGGGGGACAGGGGGAAAGACUUCUGGUCUAUGACCAGGAGGAAGAGUAGCUAUUCUGUCUCUCUGCUGACGGCUGACAGUUUCAAAAGAGCCCUUUCCAGAAGGACGUCCUCCACUACCUCCACUGUCAAGCCCUAUCCUCCCAUCCACCCUUCCUAUGUGAAGACCACCACCAGGCAGUUGACAUCCCCCAUAGGCUCCCCCAGCCAGAGCCCCCUUAUCCCCCGUAGGAUGGGGCCAGGCUCUGGGGCAGGGUAUGGGGGCCACAAGGCCCAGGUGUGGAGGACCACCAGGCAAAGGUCCUGCAGUAUCGCCGGGCCUCUCAGUCAUUCUGCAGACUGGACCAAGGAUCUGGAAGGCCUCAGAGCUAGGCAUGAGGAUGUCGCUGACCUCCAGGAGCAUGGGGGGUCAGAGAGAGGCAUCUCAGGGGCUACUCUGACUCUUGGCACCAGACGACGCCUCUCAGGUGUCCAGAACGCCACCACAGGGCCAUAUCAAGAUGUCUUCUCUGGACACACCCUUUUGGAGCGUCUAUGUCUGCAGCAGCAGGGGAAGGGAGUGACAGAGGAGGAGGCGGAGAGGUUGUGUUGUCGUAUGUUGGGUCUGGGGCUCCUGCAGCCCCUCAGUGACUGUUUCAGAGAGCAGCAUGAAGACAUUGUCACUCCAGCCACAAUCACCUUUAAUGAGGACCAGCUGUAUACGUGGGCCACCUUCGGCCUGCCCUCCCACCUCUGGGAACCCCAUGAAGGUCGUACCCCAGGCCGCAUCCAGGCACUGUGGCCCCCUCCACAACCAGCUCAGAUUUCGUCAAAGUCCGGGAAUCUGUCACAAGAGGACAAUGGCAGUGAUAUUACAGGGCUGGAGCAGACCAUUAAUGACUUGAGGAUAAAGAUUGCAGCACUGGAAAUCCAGCAUGCAUCUCUGGAGAUGGAGAUCGACUCUAAGAAGAGUGGGGAUGGAGACAAUACUGUGGCCUUGGGGGGUAUCAGCCUCGCGGGAAAGAAGAGGAUCGAGGUUUCCGUACAGACAUCCCCUUUGGAGGAGGCCUUUAGAUUUGAAGUGCCUUUCAAGGGAGGGUCAAUCUCCUCCUCAGCCUCUGUCCCAGCGAUCUCCUCCUCCUCCCUCCCCAAACCUGAGUUUGUCUGUAAAUGCCAACAGCAGCAGCAGAGUGGUACCCAGCCCCCACCACCUCCCACCCCAGGUAUACCCCCUCCUCCUCCUCCCCCUCCUCCUCUACCUCAGCUCUCUGGAGGGCCCCCACCACCUCCACCCCCACCCCUUCUCCCUGGUGUGGCUGGUCCUCCUCCUCCACCCCCUCCUCCUCCUUUACCAGGUAUGGGCGGAUCCUGUCCCCCACCUCCACCCCCUCCCCUGCCAGGCUUUGGACCUCCACCUCCACCCCCUCCCCUGCCAGGCUUUGGACCUCCACCUCCACCCCCACCACCAGGUAUUGGCCCCCCUCCUCCGCCCCCACCCCCCGGCAGUGGACCUCCACCUCCCCCAGGCUUUGGCCCUCCUCCCCCUCCUGGUUUAUUCAUGGCCACCAUGGCCCAGGAGGCUGGCCCUCAGAAGGCACCCAUUGAGCCCCCCAAGCCCAUGAAGCCUCUCUACUGGACCAGGAUCCAGCUGCAUGCUAAAAAGGAUGCGAGUGGUUCUCUGGUUUGGGAGAAGAUCGAGGAACCGUCAGUGGAUUUUGAUGAGUUUGUCAAGUUGUUUUCCAAAAGUGCUGUGAAGGAGAAAAAAAAGCCAAUAUCAGACACCAUCACCAAGUCCAAGGCCAAACAGGUGGUGAAGCUUUUGAACACCAAGCGAUCUCAGAAUGUGGGGAUCCUCAUGUCCAGCAUCCACUUGGACAUGAAGGACAUUCAGAAUGCCAUUCUGAACAUGGACAACACUGUGGUGGACCUUGAGACCUUGCAAUCCCUGUAUGACAACAGAGCCCAGCAAGAUGAGAUGGAGAAGAUUGAGAAGCACAUCAAGUCAUCCAAAGAUAAAGACGACUCGAAGCCAUUGGACAAGCCUGAACAGUUUCUCUUCCAGCUGUCCCAAAUCCCAAAUUUCUCAGGAAGGGUGUUUUGCAUCCUCUUCCAAUCAACCUUUGAUGAAUGUAUCUCCUCCAUCCUCCGGAAAGUUGAAAUCCUUCAGAGAGUGUGUACGACUCUGCAGAGAGGUCAGUGUGUGAUGCAGGUGCUAGGUCUCGUCUUAGCUUUUGGGAACUUCAUGAACGGAGGGAACCGAUCGCGCGGGCAGGCUGACGGCUUCACUCUGGACAUCCUGCCCAAACUCAAGGACGUCAAGAGCAGUGUGAGUGAUAACUCUCAGAGUCUUUUGUCAUUCAUCGUUGCUUACUAUCUAAGGCACUUUGAUGAGGACGCAGGUAGAGAGACCUGUGUCUACCCUCUCCCCGAACCCCAGGAUCUCUUCCAGGCCUCUCAGAUGAAGUUUGAGGACUUUCAGAGAGAUCUACGCAAGCUAAGGAAAGACCUCAAAGCAUGCUCGGCCGAGACAGAGAAGGUCUGUCAGGUCUCUUCUGAAGAGCACCUGCAACCCUUUAAAGAGAAGAUGGAGGGGUUUCUGAGCCAAGCAAAAACUGAUCUGGAGGCACAAGAAACACAACUAGAGAACACUCAUAAGAUUUUUUUGGAGCUGAGUGUGUUCUUUUCAGUCAAGGCCAAGGCGGGCGAGAAGGAAGUCUCUCCCAACACACUGUUUUCUGUGUGGCAUGAGUUCUCCACUGAUUUCAAAGAUCUUUGGAAGAAGGAAAACAAACUGAGGUUACAGGAGCGACUGAAAACGGCCGAGGAGGUUUUCAAACAAGCCAGAGAGAAGGUCUCGUACAGCGUCAAACCCAAACAGUCCUCUGGAAUAAAAGCCAAACUCGGUCAGAAGAUCUGAGCCAAUGGACUGGAGAAGUCUUACCCAGGAAAAGUUUGCACAAGUGAGAUCAACACAAUCUGAUAUGUCUUUUUAGUCAUUGUAUUUAAAAAUAUGUUAUGUUCUUUUCUUUUUUUAAUAGUUUAUUUCUGUCAUCCAACUGGUUAUACAUGUAAGUAUGCCCAACAGGUUGUUACCUUGUUGGAAAGUUUGAUAUUAACACGGUACCAUGCUUUGGCGCAAUCUGUCAAUGAGAGAUUUCUCCCAAGUCCAAAGAAAGUAUUGUGCUGUCCAAUGUAAGUAUUGUAGAAUUAAUCAAACAGUUAAUUAUUUUUGGACAGAUGCCAUUUUAAUGAGAACUGCAUCGUUUUACAGUGCGACACACAUGUUCUGGUAUCCAGCCUAUCCCCUGUAGCAUUUGAUAGAAGACACCAGUUAAUACAAUCAUGUUUCAAUAAGCCAUUUCUAUCCAUCCCUGCACUGCCUUCCAGUAUAAAAAGGAGUACAAGAGUGAGCUUGUAUAUAUAUUUGCUUACCAGACAGCAAGUCAAGUGCCUUUAUAGCACACUGAGCUAGUUAAUGACAAAUGAGCCAAUUCAAUUAAUCUACAUUACAAUACAACCUGUAUGGAAACCAUACCUGCUUAGUGAAAACUUGCAUUGUGACAAUCAUCAGUUUAUCAUACACUGUAGUUUCAUAGAAGGAUGAUACGUGAUGUACAGUUGUAGUUUAUGCAAUAAAUCAUGAACUUAACCAUGACUUGAGUUUAGCUUACUAAGGUAUUUAGUACCAAGGUAUUUAGUAGGUCAUGAGGGUUUCACAUCAUCCUCUAUUGUUUUUUAUUAUGGAACCAUAGCUACAUAUUGAAAUAAUAUUAUUCAGUGAGUAAUACUGAUGUAAAAUACAAGUUUAAAAAAUAACCUUAUCCACAUUACAUGUAAAAUGAUAUGCAAUCUGUAUGUGACAUAUCCUGUAUGAUUUGUACGUUUGAAUUGUUUUCCUGUUCUAUGUUCUGUAUGAGCCUUGUAGAGCUUUUGGUGACUGUGUACCCAUUUGCAAUAACGCCUUUGUUCCUGAUAAAAUACUAUUUAUUGAAGAUGAA